AUGGCUAAGAUAGGAAAACAAAGGGAAUUUAAUGCUGCACUAAAGAAAAUUCGUGGGGAGGAAAUUGAUGUAUCUGAAGAGGCAGCUGGAAUCAGGGAAUAUAUAGAAACACCGGAAAGGCUCCCAAAAGCCAGACUAAUUGAUUUGUUUCAGAGCAGAUACUUGAGUUAUGUUAUUGUUGUCUAUGAACGUGUACGAAACGAGAUGCGUGGGGAAAUGGAUGCUAAAGCUACAGAAAUGGAAGCUAAACAUCAACAAAUGCGUGAGGAAAUGGAUGCCAAAGUUGCAGCAAUAGAUGCCAAACAACAACAAAUUGAUGCAAAAUAUGAAGCAAUGGAGAAGAUGUAUGCAACCUUGCAAAAUAUGAUGGGAAAUUGA